CGUGCAUCUCAUUCUAAUAUAUAUUCAUAUAUUAUAAGAUCAAAGAAUUUAUGAUUUAUUGUAUACACACAUAUGUAUGUUGAAGUAUAUUUGUAGUAUAAGUUAAGAAAAAGUAUGUAUAUUUAUAUAUUGAGCGGGUCGGGUCGGGGCAGAACGGGUCAAUUCUAAUACCCGGACCCGCCCCAUUGUAUAGGCGGGGCGGGGCGGACCCUCCCCAUUUGCAAGACGGGGUGGGGCGGACCCGCCCCAAAUGUCUCGGGCCAGGGCGGGUCAUUGCGGGUCGGAUUUUUUUGACAUCCCUAUACAAGAGACUACUCGUAGGCUGCCAUUAUUAACGUACACCUGUAAGGCCCUGUCACCAAAUUUUGGUUAAAUGGAAACGGAAAAUUAACCGCAACACAGAUGCGUUUUAGGACCAGGCCAUCUGUUCAGUUCCAGUUUGGUUUGGUCAUUUGGAACCACGGACAGGAAUCCGAAUGUACUCUCCUGAACAAUUACUACUUAGACUCACACAUUCAAUACUCAAUAGUCUUGCUCCACCCAGACAUCCUAAAUUCCAUUGAGUUGUAAUUGAUGGGAAAAUGAAUGGUUACUUUUGAAUCCACGAUGAGGACAAUUGGAGUGACCACCAAGGCCAGCAGUUUCUGGGUCGGGCAUUUCUAGGCUCCAAUUUUUAGGCCCUAACUUUAAACUCCAACACCACAUGGUAUUGUUGGAGUUUAUGGCAGGGACGGAAUAGGAUGGUUUGGCAUGCUGAAGCUUGUGGAGUUGAUCAAAUCAUUGCUGUAGCGAGAUCUGUUCUAUUUGGGUGGCGUGCAGCGCAAGAACAAGGCAGGGAGUGCUUGAACCGGACUGAAAGGAGGGCUGAGGAGGUAUGGAAAAAACCCGUGGAGGGCCGAAUGAAGGUCAACGUUGAUGCGGCUACCGGGAUGGGUGGAAAGCGGGGACUAGCGUGGGUGGUGAGGGAUGCAGCGGGUCAGUUUGUGGCUGCUGGUGCUAAGCCUUGGGAAGGGAAUAUUUCACCCAAAGAAGCCGAAAUUUUAGGGGUCCGUGAGGCGUUGAGCUGGCUGAAGGAGAACCGUUGGGAUUGUGUGGACAUCGAGUCUGAUGCUUCUCAAGUUGUCUCUGCUAUUUAUAACGGAGGUGGUGUUGCUCAGUUUGGCUUGAUAGUGGAAGAUGUUAGAGAUUUAAUGAAAGAUUUUAAUAGCAUUUCUAUUGCUUUUAUACGGCGGUCUGCGAAUCGUGUUGCUCACACUCUUGCUCGAGCAGCCGUUUCUUUGUCUGACAGCCAUGUGUGGCUCUCGAUUCCUCCUACUUGUAUUAUGCAGGCUUUAAGCCAUGACUUCAUUAAUAAUACUUAAGAUUUCGUUGUGCAAAAAAAAAAAACAAAACUUAAAAAUGAGCCCAAACAAUUUCUAAAAAGUAAAAUCCAGUGAAACGUCAACAUAUCAAUAUAUCAUUAUUAGUGGGCAAUUGACGCAGGCUUCUCUGAUUUUGAUGUGGAGCUCGACUCGAUGAUGGCUGUAGAUUUUUUCGCUGAUGGAAGACAUGGAAGAUGGAGAGCUGCAAUUUUGGAAAUGCCAGUUCAGACAACAGGGAAGGGUGUUUCCUUUUCUCACGUAUGGAGGGAGGCCAAUUGGGCCGCACACUAUCUUGCGGAUCAAGCCCAAUUUCAGUUGCAGGCCUACUACAGGGCUUCUGAUCUUUCGAAUCGAGCUAGGAAGGCUUACUUUAUUGACCUCUUUGGGAUUCCAUCAUUUAGACUUCAUUAUUAAUUUUGUAUGCAUGAGGUUUUGGCCUAGUCCCCCUCAUCAUUUGUUCAUGUUUUAAUACUAUUUUUAAUAAUAUCUGACAAAUGUUCCCCGGUAUUUGCCCCACUGACUUUGGUGGUUUGCUUACCG